AUGGCAAGCCCGCCAAUCGCAAAGGUGGGCUUGUCAUGCGUGAGGUCUUUCGAGUCUCUUAUUACGCUCCUUCAGCAAGAAGUAGCAUUAAGGGUAUUCCACAAUCAGCUUCCCAUUCGAGCAGUUGAGGAUGAACUCGGGAGGCUUCGUGUGUGGGCAGGUAACAUUGGUGCAUUCCAACCAGCCACCAAGCCGAGUUCCCUCGAGUAUCGGCUACGGGAAGCAUCUCAUGUCAAGAGACAGAUCAUAAGGUUGCUAGAGGAUUUAUGUCAUUCGUUGGAGGACUGCGUAGCAAUCGUUGCUGGAGAACGCCCGUCACGAGAAAGUUUUGCGAAAGAGGGGGGUGAUCUGGGCGAGGAAUUCAGCGAUAUCUCAGACUCUACAGAUUCGGAGCUGUCAGAAGAGAGCAACUUUUUGACCUCUGAGCUCGAGCAGCUACACUUGGCUAUUUCGGAGGCUAUCACCAGUCUGUACAAGCUAUCGAUAUCCAUCAGGAAACCAACACCCAGAGAUCGCUAUGCUAAAGCCGCUGCCCUCGUCCCUCUCAACCCGAUCUAUGAUAUUGGUCAUGUCUACGAAAAAUGCCCUCAAAUGAGAGCGUCGCCUUGGCUUUUUGAAAAGCUGGGAAGAGCGAAUACAAAGCGCCGAGAGAUUCUGCGCUACCGUGAAAAGCAUCAUGAAAAGCUCGCUCGAGGCACCAAACAAAUUGAGUAUGAUGAUGCAGACCAAGCGCCAAGACUUACACCCCAGUCUGAUGUCAACAUUCGAAAGCCCUCGCCAAAUCCCGUACCCACGGCAGAACAAGGAGAAUCUGUUGGAUUCAGCCAGCUCGCUUCUACAAAGGCUACUACCUUCAUUGCUAGACCAGAACAGGAAUUGGAGCUCGAGAUCGAGACUGGAAGAUCGGAAACCUCAUAUGUCACUUCAAUCGCAGAUGACUCUACCGAGGGAAGGAGACAAGUACCUGAAGCGCCGAGUGAGUCAGCCGGGGGUAAACCCUUUGAGUGCCCUUACUGUUACACUAUACAAUCUGUACGACAUGCAAAGCACUGGAGCCAACAACAAGCCGACGGCUCUGCAGUGGUACCUGCGGACCAGUACUAUAAGCAUGUUGGACAACACCUUGAGCAGCUUGCGCUAUUUGUCUUGUCACCUCCUAUCAGAGAGACAUCGGGUGCUUCGUCGAACCGUGCUGCACUAAGUAUUCCGAACGACGAAAGUGAAAGAGAGGUUCACGCACUGUCGUCUAAUUCGUCCACAACCUCUCUGGAAGGAACUUCGCCCUCAGAGCUUUAUCUUGCCGUGACAAACAAUGAUGUAGAGCGGACGAAGAAAGUCCUUGAACACAGCCCCAACAGCCUCGACAACGCUACUCGAUAUCCUGAACAUGGUUGCAUUCUGCAAGUAGCUGUUGCGUUUGAGGCGUUCGACGUACUCCCAGUCUUGUUAGAGUAUGGAGCAGAUGUCAAUGUCCACAGUGGCAUCCAUGACAACGUAUUGCAGGCUAUAGCGGCGGCACCUAGCCCUAUUCUUGAGUCUCUGGAGCUAGUCUUGAAUCACGGUGCCGACGUGAAUCGCUAUGGUGGCAAGUAUGGAGUUGCAUUGAUCGCAGCACUUGAGAGAGAACCUCUUCCUGGAACCGCAUCGGACUAUUUGGACGCUAUCAAAUUACUACUUGAUCGCGGAGCAGACCCUAAUCUAGCGAGCGAGGAUUAUGCCUUUCCACUUUUUAGCGCAAUUCGCAAAGAUGACCUGCAGGUCUUAAGAGUACUUCUCGAUAAAGGGGCUGACCCCACUCAAAAAUAUUCUUUGGCUACGUCUUCCAUAGACUAUGCCAAGGAAAUGGGCUCGUCUCAAGAUCUCGUAAAUUUGCUGUUGAAUAGAGGCCCGAUAUGGGCCCCUAGUGACAAGACCGACCCAGUGGGAAGCUGGAGAAGCAAAAAUCAAGAUCAGGCCAUGAGUGGCGAACAUUCAUCUUUCCAGUCCGAGCAGGAAAGCGCCGCUGUUUCCGACGGCCCUUAUCUUUCCGAAGAAGCCGAGGAAAGGACAGACGACGCAGUGCUGCCACAAAAGCAGAUCCCGCUUGGUCUCCAAGUCGUCUACGAGCCUACCACUACUCCGAUUGCUGAUAUAAUCUUUGUACAUGGACUGGUAGAGGGAAGUCAGGAUACGUGGUCGAAAGACCAGAAAUCGAGACUGUUCUGGCCCAAGUGGCUUUCUUACGAACCAAUCAUAGACGGUGCCCGAGUGUUUACUUUCAGUCACAACGCGGUAGUGGCUGCUUCCGAAAACCAGCAUGCUUCGAAUGUUUUCAUCAACUCGACCGUGAUCGACGACGUUGCCAAGGACCUGCUGUACAGUAUUAGAUGCAGGCUUGACGAUUCGACGGCUGGCUCUGCUAGUCGCCCUGAAAAGGUACCUAAGAUCUUUGUUGCUCACUCACUGGGUGGCAACGUAGUUAAAAGGGCCUGUCUUUUGGCACAACAAGAUCCGAAAUACCAUUAUUUGGUUGAUCUUUUACCCGCAAUGGUCUUUUUUGCUGUACCCCACAGUAGCUCGUACAUCGAAGGUCAUGUGGCCGAGGAAAUCAUGGGAAUAGGUCUUCCGGGCCAAACGUUGACAGUCAACCACGAUUUUCGUGUGUUUGCGGCUACCCAUCCUCUUAAGUUUUACUCCUUUGUUGAGACAAAACCAACGUACUUAAAGAGGGCUCGAACGAACAUUCAAACAACAGUAUCGCGGGUCCUUUUAGAUCGAGAUUCUUCUGUGAUGGCCCUCCCUAACGAGGUAAUCAUUGAGCGUGUGGACAAUCACUUUGAGAUUUGCAAAUUUGCUAGUCGUGUAGACCCAGGCUUUGCUAUUGUGCGCAAUAUCCUGAAGGACAUUCUUUCUCAGCUCUCAGGUCCCACGGAGGUGCUCAAAGAUCCGCAAAUUAAGCGGCAAAAACUUCGAAGGAUCUUGAGUCUUCAAGACAAAUAUGAACCGGUCAUGGAUAUGAUGUUCUUCUACAACAAACGAGUUAGUCCUACGUGUGAAGGAUUUAGCCGCCUGCGCUCAAUCCAAACUUGGUUGACGCCAGAAGUAUCAAGCGAACCAUCAAUUCUUUGGCUACGCGGGCCUCCUGGGUGCGGAAAAUCCGUCAUGAGCGCUUACAUAGCUUCCCUUCCGAGUCGCGAGGGCUGGGGAGCCUCUGUUUUCUUCUCUUUCCAGUCUCAGAACUUAGCAGCGCCUACCUGGAAAACAAUGCUACGAUCUGUCGCUUUCCAGAUUGCAACUUCGGCACCUGCUUUCGAUGAAGUUGCCAUCGCUCGAACGAUCGCAGAUCCCACAGGGAUUGUGGUGGGAUCGCCUACACUUUUUGUAAAUACAUAUAUGGAGCUUUUACAGGAACUUUGCGACAACAAGCCUACGUACUUGGUCAUUGACGCAGCAGAUGAAUGUGACUUGUCAAUAGCCUUGACUACUAUAGUGCAAAGCAUUGCCCGAAGCGAAUUACCGAUACGUUUGCUUCUCGUUAGUCGCUAUUCUACCUAUCUUCUGGAGGCAUUCGCAGAAAAGAAUCUUUUGGGAGUCAUAUCAAUGCAAGAUUACGAAGCAUCUGUAGCUGACAUUGCAUACUAUGUCGAUUUUCACUUUGGCAACGUCAUGCAAGCCAGUGAAAGCGAUCGUGAAUUCGCGAAAGACACGAUUUUAAGAAGGGCCCACGGUAACUUUCUUUGGGUAUCUCUUAUCAUGAGAGGAAUCGCCAAUUGUAGAACUAUGGCGGAGCUCGAACAGGCUCUGGAUGAAACUCCUGCAGAGAUGACUCUCUUUUACGAGCGAAUUGAACUGGAAAUUGAGGAACUAGUAUCACCAGGGGGCAGGGAUUUACUAUACAGGGUUCUUAUGUGGUUGGUCUGCGCCCGCUGUGAUUUAUCGUUGACGGAACUAUCAGAAGCACUCGAGGUUGACUUGAUCAGAUAUACAGAAUUGCUAUUGGGCUCGCAACUGGUUACUAUUGAAGAUUCAAGGGUUACGCUUUUCCUCCCGACUGUUCGGGACUACCUCUUGCAUUCCUCGCCGCACUUCUCCGUGUUGCUUGGCGGCAGCCAUUCGCAUCUGUUCUUUAGGUUGACAAAAGUCAUGAUGGGCCUGAGCCUCAAUUCCUUCGAGCAGGCUGAAAAUCUCCCGAUUACACAAAUUGAAGAACCAUCCGCACUUUCACAUUACGCUGCUGCCAACUGGUCUUACCAUUUGCAGAAGGCACUUCAAAGCGGAAACAUUGACCCGGCAGAAAGACAGCGCAUUUAUCGGAGGCUUGAGCAAUACCUUGAGGGGCCGCAUCUGCUCUAUUGGAUCUAUGUUUUAUCCUAUGAUGCUCAAUUUGAAGUUAUGAUUCAGACGGCUCAUAUCAUACUAGGCCUCAUAGGAGACCCAGGAUUCGAGAAGCUGAUCAACGAGUCAGACCGGAUCAUUGUGACCUUCGAUACACUCAAAGCAUUGGCUAAUGAACUUAUGAAAGUACCAGCACGUUUUGGUCGAAAGCUUUUACAAAAUCCAGAGUAUGCAUAUAGCCUGCCUUUAGAUUGCCCAUCUUCUUCUGCGAUCUAUCAACGAUAUAUCAAGUACGCAGGCCUUCCCAAUGUAGAUGGCGGACUGAAUUGGAGCGAUCUGGUGGCUACUAUUCAGCUUGACAAUGACUCUCCUGGGCGUCUGAUUGCAGCCAUUGGCAGAUAUCUUUGCAUCGUCUUACACAACGGUACCAUCUGUAUCUACAAUUCCGUCUCUCUACAGGAGGUAAAGCGAAUGCGACAUGAUGAUCGCGUUUCACUCAUUGCGUAUAGCACGGAAAAGCGUAUGCUCGUGGCUAUUGGCGAAAGAGCUACGAAGGCUUUCCUCAUUCCAGAAGGUGUGGAACAGUUCGACGAGAUUCUCAGUCCGCGUAGACAUGGAUUAGCCAGGGACGUUAUAGUUCAAGAAGGGGGCUCUCGUGUCCUUGUAGCUUUUGAAGAUACUUCGGUGUGGUACCUCGAGCUCUCAGAGCCCUUCCAAUGGCGAUUACUUAUGGACCAAAAGCCCUCUGCUGAUCCUUUGGGCUACCAAGGAACAUUAGCCAUUGCCAUACAUAAGGACGGGUCUCGCCUUGCGGUUGCAUCCCGAAAUAAACCACUAGCGAUAUUCAAAGAUAAUGUGUUAGAAACUCGAUCCAAGGAACCGUCUAGUAGAUUGACAAAAGAUAUCAAAUGGCAUCCCAAAGAUGAAGAUAUAAUUGUUGGGGUUCUCUCCGACCACAGCAUGUUCGUAUGGAAUAUUCAAGAUGACUUUGCCGACAAGACUUCAUUACGCAUCACUGGGAUCCGUGCACAACCAUUCGAAAUCAGUCCCAACGGGAAGUUUGUUGCUGUGGCUGAGUCAGGAACACAAGUCGCUUUAAUUCACAGGAAUUUGGGUAUGAGUAUCGAUCUUCCUGAAACAGAAGUCCUGGAGUCUGGUGGACAAACAAUCAAUCUCUGCAUUAGUCCGGACUCCUGCCGUAUAUAUCAAUUGACUCAAAAAUGUUGCCGGAUCUUGGAGCCAGAGCUUCCUUCGUUGUUUCUAGACGGUGAUUGGGCGGAUUUGGAUUAA